AUGGCAGCCCCACACUCCGGAAGAACUCAGCCACCCGUGACCAAUUUGAGUGUUUCUGUUGAAAACCUCUGCACAAUAAAAUGGACAUGGAAUCCUCCUGAGGAAACAAGCCCAAAUUGUAGUGUGUGGUAUUUUAGUCAUUUUGUCAACAAACAAGAUAAGAAAAUUACUCUAAAACCUCAUCGUUCAGAAGACGUGCCCCUGAAUGAGAGGAUAUGUCUGCAAGUGGGGUCCCAGUGUAGCACCAAUGAAAGUGAGAAACCUAGCAUUUUGGUAGAAAAGUGCAUCUUUCCCCCUGAAGGUGAUCCUGACUCUGCUGUGACUGAGCUGCAAUGCAUUUGGCACAACCUGAGCUACAUGAAAUGUUCUUGGCUCCCUGGAAAUAAUACAAGUCCCGACACUAACUACAUUCUAUACUAUUGGCACAGCAGCCUGGGAAAAAUUCUUCAGUGUGAAAACAUCUAUAGUGAAGGUCAACGUAUUGGUUGUUCCUUUCAUCUGAAGCGUCCCAAUUUGGAAAAAAGUAAUGUCCAAAUAAUGGUCAAGGAUAAUGCAGGAAAAAUUAGACCAUCCUUCAAUGUAGUGCCUUUAAAUACCUAUGUGAAACCUGAUCCUCCUGAUAUUAAAAAUCUCUCCUUUAAAAAUGAUGGCUUGUAUGUAGAAUGGAAGAAUCCAGAGAAUUUUAAGAGUACAUGCUUAACUUAUGAAGUACAAGUCAAUAACAGCCACAUUGGUUCAGAAAUUUUUCCUGUUGAAGAGAUCAGAUGUCAGAGUUUAGAGGGCAGAAUCUGUUUCUUGGUCCCCAGUGUUCUUCCUGAUACUUUGAACACAGUCAGAAUAAGAGUCAGAACAAAUAAAUACUGCUCUGAAGAUAACAACCUCUGGAGUAAUUGGAGUCAAGUGAGAAGUAUAGGUGAGAAGACCAACUCCACAUUGUACAUCACCAUUUUACUCAUCAUUCCAGUCAUCGUUGCAGGUGCAAUCAUACUCCUCCUGCUUUACCUAAAAAGGCUCAAGAUCAUUAUAUUCCCUCCGAUUCCUGACCCUGGCAAGAUUUUUAAAGAAAUGUUUGGAGACCAGAAUGAUGAUACCCUGCACUGGAAGAAGUAUGACAUCUGUGAAAAGCAAACCAAAGAAGAAACUGACGCUGUGGUGCUGAUAGAAAACCUGAAGAAAGGCCCUCAGUAA